AUAACUCCCAGAAGGCAAGUUUCUAGAAAGUUACAACAGUGGAGAGGCGCCACAACUUCACUGCCAUUUUGUGAGGUGCUGCCGCCCCUCCUCCGGCAAGGUCAGGACUUCAGGACUGAAACAAUGACCGAUAAAACAGAGAAGGUGGCUGUAGAUCCUGAAACUGUGUUUAAACGUCCCAGGGAAUGUGACAGUCCUUCGUAUCAGAAAAGGCAGAGGAUGGCCCUGUUGGCAAGGAAACAAGGAGCAGGAGACAGCCUUAUUGCAGGCUCUGCCAUGUCCAAAGAAAAGAAGCUUAUGACAGGAGAUGCUAUUCCACACAGCCAAUUGGAUUCUCAGAUUGAUGACUUCACUGGUUUCACCAAAGAUGGGAUGAUGUGGAAACCUGGUAGCAAUGCACCUGUGGGAGGAAACGUUACCAGCAGUUUCUCUGGAGAUGACCUAGAAUGCAGAGAAACAGCCUCCUCUCCCAAAAGCCAAGAAGAAAUUAAUGCUGAUAUGAAACGUCAAUUAGUGAAGGAACUCCGAUGCAUUGGACAAAAAUAUGAAACAAUCUUCGAAAUGCUUGAAGGAGUGCAAGGACCUACUGCAGUCAGGAAACGGUUUUUUGACUCCAUCAUCAAGGAAGCAGCAAGAUGUAUGAGACGAGACUUUGUUAAGCACCUUAAGAGGAAACUGAAACGUAUGAUUUGAGAAUACUUGUCCCUGGAGGAUUAUCACACCCCAAAUGCAUAAUCUCGUUAAUGAUUGAGGAGAGAAAAGGAUCAGAUUGCUGUUUUCUACAAUGGAGCAGGAUAUUGCUGAAGUCUCCUGGCAUAUGUUACCGAAUCAAAUAGCCUUCCAGAGGCUAAGAAAGUUCUGUUAGUAAAAGAUGUUAUUUUUCCCAAAGCAUUUUAUUUGAAAGGAUAACUUGUGUUUUGGUUAUUUUGUAUUCCCACCUGUGCUGGUAGAUAUUAUUAACCCAUUAGGUAAAUACUAUUACAGUCAUGGUUUCUGCAGCAGCUCACAGUGUUGUAGCUGGUAUUUAUCACUACGUUCUUUCGCUACUCAUUUCGCGUUCCCUUUGCCCUAAGAUAGCAUGUCAGUUGGUCAUGAUGCUUGGCCUGGCAGGAUGACUCAAACCUUCAUUACGGAAGAGUCUGAACCAUUAGAUGUCCUGCCUGGAUGGAGUUGCUGUGAUUUUCCAUUAACUCUAAUAGAAAAACACGGGAGGACUAAGAAGCUCUCUAGACAUAUCACACAUACUCUUCCUUAGCCCCUGGUGUAGUGGGAACCCGAUCUCAAUGUUGAAAUCUGUAUCAGUCAGCCUUCAACGAAAAGGCAGAACUAAUGGGAGAUUUUAAUGUGUGUGUGUGUGUGUUUGUGUGUGUGUGUGUUGGUAGGGGGUAUAUAUGCAUGCACACACACACUUUGUAAUCUCCCAUUAUACAUAUAAUACACAUUAUACAUAUUAUAUAUACACCCCCAUAUAUAUAUAUGUAUGCGUGUGUGUGUGUGGGGGGGUAUAUCCAAUAUAUAUAAUAAAGGUAGUUCCUAGAUAGGAUUGGUCUGAUACAAUAAUUUGGAGCUGCAGUAGCAGUCCCUGUAAUGCUGUUGUUUCCAGAUAUGACUUGCACAUUCUAUGCUUUUUAUUUUUUUUAAAGACAGAAUCUUGCUCUGUAGCCCAGGCUAGAGUGCAGUGACACGAUCACAAGUCACUGCCACCUCGACCUCACCCCAGUUCAGGCGAUCCUUGUGCUUCAGCCUUCGAAGCAGCUGGGAUUACAGGUGCAACAUAGGUGCCAUCACGCUGCAAUUUUUGUAUUUUUAGUGGAGAUGGGGUUUUGCCACGUUGUCCAGGCUGGUCUCGAAACCUGGCCUCAAGUGAUCUGCCCAUCUCAGCCUCCCAAGGUUCUAGGAUUACAGGCAUGAGCCACUGCACCCAGCCCAUUCUAUCCUUUUUUUAAAAAAAUUAAUUCAUUCAAUUAUUCAACAAAUAUUAAUUGUGCCAGGUACUUUUUUUUUAUUAUACUUUAAGUUUUAGGGUACAUGUGCACAACGUGCAGGUUUGUUACAUAUGUAUACAUGUGCCAUUUUGGUGUGCUGCACCCAUUAACUCGUCAUUUAACAUUAGGUAUAUCUCCUAAUGCUAUCCCUCCCCCCUCCCCACACCCCACAACAGGACCCAGUGUGUGAUGUUCCCCUUCCUGUGUCCAUGUGUUCUCAUUGUUCAGUUCCCACCUAUGAGUGAGAACAUGCGGUGUUUGGUUUUUUGUCCUUGGAAUAGUUUGCUGAGAAUGAUGGUUUCCAGCUUCAGCCAUGUCCCUACAAAGGACAUGAACUCAUCAUUUUUCAUGGCUGCAUAGUAUUCCAUGGUGUAUAUGUGCCACGUUUUCUUAAUCCAGUCUAUCACUGUUGGACAUUUGGGUUGGUUCCAAGUCUUUGCUAUUGUGAAUAGUGCCACAAUAAACAUACGUGUGCAUGUGUCUUUAUA